AUGGGUCAAAAAAAUAAACAUUCUAUCAUUCAUGUUUUCUCUCGCUACAUUACUCAAAAGUCCUCUGAGGAGAAGAUGGCUCUUGACACUUCAACAAUUGUUGUUACUGGUGGUAUUCUGUUGAUUUCAACAAUAGUUGCGGUCUUUUUCUUCAAAAACAAGACCUGUGUGCUCUCAAGAUGGUGCAAGUUAUUUCAGAAUCCAGUGACUUUGGUCGAUGAUGAAACUAAAUAUGCUUUGCCGCUAGCAGAGAAAAUAGAAGUCAGUCACGACACGCGGAAGUUCCGCUUCCGUCUUCCUUCAGAGAACCAUGUUUUAGGCCUCCCUGUCGGUCAACAUGUUCAUCUGAGCGCAAAGAUCGAUGAAAAGCUUGUCGUUCGUCCCUAUACGCCGGUUUCAAGCGACGACGAUUUGGGCUAUGUUGAUCUUAUGAUAAAGGUUUACUUCCGGAAUGUCAAUCCCAAAUUCCCCGAUGGUGGAAAGAUGAGUCAGCACCUCGAACAAAUGAAAAUUGGAGAAACCAUUGACUUUCGCGGACCAUCAGGAUUAAUCGUUUACAAAGGUAAUGGGAAAUUCGCAGUGAGGCGAGACAAAAAAUCAUCACCGACUAUGCGCACCUUUAAUAAAAUUUCGAUGAUCGCUGGUGGAACUGGAAUCACCCCUAUGUUACAGAUUAUCGCAGCUGUACUAAAAAAUGAUGAUGACAACACCCACAUAAGUCUUCUUUUCGCCAAUCAGUCCGAGGAUGACAUCCUGUGCAGAAAAGAACUAGACGAGUUAGCUUCGAAGCACAGUAACAGGUUCAAAGUAUGGUAUACAGUAGAUCGGGCACCGGCCAACUGGACGUUCUCAAACGGAUUCGUGAAUGAUCAAAUGAUCAAGGAACAUCUGUCACCUCCCUCGGACGAUGCUGCAGUAUUUCUUUGUGGUCCUCCUCCAAUGAUUAACUUUGCCUGCAUUCCGAAUCUCGACAAACUCGGAUAUGAUCCAAAUAAUACAUAUAAAUUUUAG